AUUCAAAUUGAAGGGCAUUGGAUAAAAUGGUUUUAUCCAUGUAGAAUUAUUUUUGAUUUCCAUGAUAUUGGUACGAAGUUUUCACUGUAGUUAACGAUGAUUAAUUUCCGCUAUAGAACCUGUGGGAUACAUAAGGUGAGUUCUUCCUCCUAACCUAAUUUUCUCCAUCCACAUGAGUCAGAAAUCGAAACCCGGACCACAUUCCUCAAUAAGAUGACCAUAAACAUCCAUGCACUAGCCUAAUUAUUCAUAACUAACUUUCAAUUUUUUUUUUCCUUCAAAUUAUUACAUGUGUGCAUGGAGCCAUAUAUUUGAUGAUGUGUCCUCUUGAAAAUGAAAUAAUCAAUGUUUGUGGUUCUUCAUUCAUAAAUUAAUUUCCACUCUCCACCACCUUCACGUCAUGCAUCACUGAUUCCUUCUGAAUCUUUAAUGCGAGUGUUAUUUCUGUAAAUAUAGUCACAUCCAAACCCAAAAACUAAAAACAACAGUAAUAGUAGUAAUAGUUUCCUUUCGCUUUUGUAAUAUCCGUUGGUGAAAGUUGAAACUUCGCUUUUCUCAAUAUUCUCUCUUCUCUUCUUUUCUUUUCUUUUCUUUUCUUUUUUUCUUUUUCUUUUCCUUUUCUUUCUUCUUUAUUUCUUUUCAACCAUUGAAAAUUUUAUCACCAACCAAACAUUCUCUAAUUUUCACUCCACACUCACCGGAGCUACCACAGCAAUGGCACCUUCCGCCAAUUCCACCGGCGGUGCCGUGCCGUUGCUAACAAACCGAACAUUAGGUCUCAAAUUCUACUACUUAAUCCUCAUUUUCGUCGCAAUCGUGAUCGCAAUUAUUCUCUUAAUCAUUCUAUGCAUUCGCCGGAAUCGAAGCUCAAAAAAGAGCAAAAUGCGAGUGAAGCAUAGUUCCGGCACAAUUCCACUUGUUUCUAAGGAGAUCGUGGAGGUGAUAAAGAUCGAACACGUUGUUGAUGAUGAAUCGAAGAUUCAGAAGCAAGUAGAGUGUGAGAUCGAAGAGUGUAGUAGUGUGUCGGUGGAGUCUCCGUCUCAGAAUAUAGGUUGGGGACGGUGGUAUAGUUUGAAGGAAUUGGAGAAUGCGACGGAUGGAUUUGCUGAAGGGAACGUGAUCGGAGAAGGAGGUUAUGGAAUUGUUUACAGAGGAAUUUUACAAGACGGUUCUGUGGUUGCUGUGAAAAAUCUUCUCAAUAAUAAGGGUCAAGCAGAGAAAGAGUUUAAGGUGGAGGUUGAAGCUAUUGGAAAAGUGAGGCAUAAGAAUUUGGUUGGAUUAGUUGGAUAUUGCGCGGAUGGUGCUCAAAGGAUGCUUGUUUAUGAAUAUGUUGACAAUGGAAAUUUGGAGCAGUGGUUGCAUGGUGAUGUAGGACCUGUUAGUCCAUUGACUUGGGAUAUACGAAUGAAGAUUGCUGUUGGCACUGCAAAAGGGCUAGCCUAUUUGCACGAAGGCUUAGAACCCAAAGUUGUUCACCGAGAUGUAAAAUCGAGCAAUAUUCUCUUGGACAAAAAAUGGAAUGCCAAAGUAUCAGACUUUGGACUUGCUAAGCUCUUAGGGUCUGGGAAAAGCUAUGUGACAACACGUGUCAUGGGGACAUUUGGAUAUGUUUCACCCGAGUAUGCAAGCACGGGUAUGCUUAAUGAGGGCAGUGAUGUGUAUAGUUUUGGGAUUCUACUCAUGGAGCUAGUUACCGGAAGAAGUCCCAUUGAUUAUUCUAGAGCACCUGCAGAGAUGAACUUGGUUGAUUGGUUUAAGGGAAUGGUAGCAAGUCGUCGCGGGGAUGAGCUAGUUGAUCCUUUGAUCGAGAUUCAGCCCUCUCCAAGAUCUUUGAAACGAGCUUUACUGGUCUGUCUUCGCUGUAUAGAUUUGGAUGCCAACAAGCGACCAAAGAUGGGCCAAAUUGUUCAUAUGCUUGAGGCAGAUGAUUUUCCCUUUCGUUCUGAACUUCGAACAAGAGAGAAAGAUCCUGUUCCCUCUCAAGUUGACCUUUCCAAAAAGAUUCCGUAUCCAACAAGACACGUGGAGCCCGUAUAUAAAGCGAGCUGGAGAUGAUUGUCUGUUGCAAUGGCCAUGGGAGCCUUGGAUUACGAAAUACUAGUGCUAAUAAUGUUCAACUUGUUAUGAAAAAGUCAGAAGCCAUUGUGCAUAUCUUAUAUUACCAUGUAGUUAAUAGUUAUUUUUCUUUAGGUCUUAACAUAUUUAGUAUGCAUUAUCUUGUGAAUAAACAAGCUCUGUAAAUAUGUAUCUCUCACGGUAUAUCAAUUUUAUCGUCUGCAGUAUUGCAUAAGUUAUUGCUUAUGUUAUUUAUUCGAAGAUUUUAUUGUUUGUACA